AUCGACGCAGACAAACAGAGAUAAACCCGACGGCGCAAAGAGAGAAAAGCGAAAGUGGUGAAGAACAAGGCAGUUGGCAUCCGCGGUGGGCGUCGAGGCGGCCAGAGAGAGACAGGAUUCAGUGUGGCUUUACCGCCUGUGAGGGAAGGAGAGUUAUUACCGGAGCUCCGUGCGGAAGGGGGUAGAGAUAGUGCCGUGAAAAAAGUGACACGCAGGGGCGUCCCGAGACUCAGGCGAAAGACAGCUUUGUUGCCGCCGAGACAAAGUUGCCAGGCCUUUGCCAUAGAAAAGAUAGUGAUCUGCGGACCUAAUCGGACUUAGCGGGACUCGAGAUGCGUCCGGAGGCGGAGUAAGGCCCGAGACCGAGACCGACGCCGAGACCGACGCCAGCAGCCAUGAGGUUCUUCAAGAAGGACGUCGCGGCGGCCAGCCCGGCCCACGCCAAGGGCGUCAACCACAACAACAAUGUGCACAUCAUCGAGGACCCGAGGAAGCAGGUGUAUCACUGGCAGAGUGAGGGGGGGGGGAAGAAGUCCUCGGUGGAUGACAUGGUCCUCCUCACCAAGAUCACUGAAUCUGCCAUUGCUGAGAACUUAAAGAAGAGGUUUAUGGAAGACAAAAUUUACACCUACAUUGGGCCUGUGCUUGUUGCCGUGAACCCCUUCAAACAACUGCCUUACUUUGGAGAACGUGAAAUUGAGAUGUAUCAGGGUGCAGCGCAGUAUGAGGUUCCGCCUCACAUAUAUUCAAUUGCUGAUACAAUGUACCGGAACAUGUUGAUCGAUUCAGAUAGCCAGUGUGUCAUCAUAAGCGGUGAAUCUGGAGCAGGAAAGACCGUCUCCGCAAAGUUUAUAAUGAACUAUAUAACUCGCAUAUCUGGAGGUGGACAGAGAGUCCAACAUGUUAAAGACAUUAUACUGGAGUCAAAUCCUUUGCUAGAAGCCUUUGGAAAUGCAAAGACAACCAGAAACAACAAUUCCUCAAGAUUUGGAAAAUAUAUAGAAAUUCAGUUUUCUAGUGGUGGUGAACCUCUUGGAGGAAAGAUUUCAAAUUUUCUGUUGGAGAAGUCGAGGGUUCACUCGCUCAACGAGGGCGAGCGCAACUUCCACAUCUUCUAUCAGCUAUGUGCAGGAGCAACAGGUGACAUGAAAAACAACUUGGGAAUUUCCACACCGGAUUAUUUUUCCUACCUCAGCCAGAGUGGCGUAUAUAAGGUGGAUGGCACCAAUGACGCGCAUGAAUUCCAAGAAACACUCAGAGCAAUGUCUGUGAUGGGCAUAGCAGAAGAGAGGCAGAUGGACAUUCUGUCUGUUGUUGCAGCCAUUCUGCACAUGGGCAACAUUUCUUUUGUAGAGCAGAACAAUGCGGCCACUAUAGCUGAUGAAGCAUAUCUGCAGUUCCCUGCCUACCUCCUGGGGAUAGACGCCCAGAAAUUAGGCCAGAAGCUCACCAGCCGCGUGUUCGACAGCAAGUGGGGAGGGAAGUCGGAGAGAGUGGACGUCACACUCAAUCUGGAACAGGCUCAGUUUGCUCGGGAUGCCUGGUGUAAAGGACUCUAUUCAAGGAUGUUUGAUUAUAUUGUUGAGACUGUCAAUAAAGCUAUGGUUACCGAUGCCAACUUAUUCAGCAUUGGCAUCCUCGACAUUUAUGGCUUUGAAAUAUUUGGUCGCAAUGGAUUUGAGCAGUUUUGCAUCAACUAUGUGAAUGAGAAACUGCAGCAGAUUUUCAUUGAGUUGACGCUGAAGAGUGAACAAGAAGAAUACAAGUCUGAGGGAAUUCAAUGGAAGCCCAUUGAAUUUUUCAACAAUAAAGUUGUAUGUGACCUCAUUGAGAGCAAGAGACCCCCUGGAAUCAUGUGCAUAUUGGACGACACGUGUGCUACCAUGAGCGCUGUUUCCGAGGGAGCUGAUGAUGAGUUCCGUAACAAGAUGAGCUCACAGGUCGGGAGCAAUCCUCACUACCAGCCUUUCAACCACGGCUUCACCAUUAAGCAUUACGCAGGAAACGUCUCCUACCAUGUUGAAAACUUCUGUGAGAAGAAUAGAGAUGUGCUUUUUACAGACAUUAUUGAGGUCAUGCAAGGAAGCACCAACACGUUCAUCCGCAGCCUCUUCCCUGACGUGCUUCAAAAGGGGUCCAAGACGCGGCCAACCACGGCAGGCACGAAGAUCCGCACUCAGGCCAAUGAGUUAGUCACGACGCUGAUGAAGUGUGUCCCUCACUACAUUCGCUGCAUCAAGCCCAAUGAAACUAAGAAGCCCCACGACUGGGAUGAACAAAUGGUUAAGCAUCAGGUGGAAUAUUUGGGUUUAAAGGAGAACAUCAAAGUCAAGCGAGCAGGAUUCGCGUACCGCCGUCCUUACCAGAAAUUCCUGCACAGGUACGCCAUCCUCACCAAGGAGACGUGGCCAGCUUGGCAUGGAGAGCCCACAGAAGGCAUACAUGUCAUAAUGCGCAGCGUCAACAUGGAUCCCGCGCAGUACCAGAUCGGACGAAGUAAAAUAUUUGUGAAGGACCCGGAGUCACUCUACAUGUUAGAAGAAUCAAGAGAGCGCAAGUUCGACCACUAUGCAAGAGUCAUCCAGAAGGCAUUCAAAAAAUACUUUAGUAAGCAGAGGUAUCUAAAGGAGAAAAUGGCAGCUAGUGAUCUUCUAGUGAACAGGAAGGAACGUCGCAGGAAUUCCCUGAACAGAAACUUCUACGGAGAUUAUAUUGGUGUUGAGUACAAACCAGGCCUAACAGCACUGAUUCCAAGGAGAGAUAAGGUGGAGUUUGCGCUGACAGUGGACAAAUUUGACCGUAGGUUUAAGAGGACCAAAAGAGAUCUCAUCUUGACCAAAUCCCACUUGUACUUGAUUGGGCGAAUGCAGGUCAAGAAAGGGCCAGAAAAAGGUCUGAUCAAAGAUGUCAUCAAGAGGAAAAUCGACUUGGAAAAUCUCUCUCAAGCUACUCUGUCCACCUACCAAGAUGACUUGGUCCUAAUCCACGUCCGGAAUGACUACGAGUCGUUGCUGGAAAUACGCUUCAAGACGGAAUUUCUGAUGGUUCUCAACAACAAAUUGAAAGAAAGAUAUAACAGAGAGCUGCCUCUGAACUUCAUUAACAGCUUCGACUUCCGAGUGAAGAAAACCGGGUGGGGAGGAGGGGGGACUAGGCGAGUCAGAUUCACAGACGGAACCACAGACGAGCCCCUUUUCUCGUCUUCUGGUUCUACGCUGUCUGUCAAGAUUGCACAUGGCCUGUCUUCCACCUCAAGGCCUGGUAUACAUGUGAUAACGCCGGAUAUAAGAAUUCUUGCCAAUGAGAUGAGAUCCAAGAGUAAUAACAUCCCUGGCUCAAGAAGAAACCUGCAGCCGCCCAUUAUGAAUAAUGUAAACAGGAGCCCCAGUGGAAGUCCCCUUGCUAGGCCCUCUGGACCAGCCCCAAAACCCCCUGGCCUAAUGGGAGUUUCCCCAAGACCUAGAGGAGCCGUGGGACCACAGUUCCGACCCCCAGUUGCUCAGCCAGUGACAAAUCCUGGAUUCCCACGUCCUCCUGUAGGAAGAAUGCCACUGAAUCCUGGAGGAGGACCUCCUGCCUUUAGAUUGCCUGGGAUGGGUAAUCCUCCAAUUCAAGCCGUGCAGCCACCUCCGCCACCUAGUGAUCCUUGUCCAGACAAUCAGCCGAGCAUCGGGAAUGGAAGCUUGCGUAGUGUGAACAGACCCCCAGCAACUCUACCCACAAAACCACCUAUUAAUAGACCGAAGCCUACAGUACCUCAAGUCAGGGCACUCUAUGGGUAAUUACAAUAUUGUGUUUUU